AUGUCCUCUUUCAAACGGAAGAAUCCAGCCAAAACGAAGGCCGUUUCCUACCCUGGAACCAGAGUUUCUCCAGCCUCGUCUUCGACAAUCAAUGUAUCCACAGGGAUCUCAUCUCUGGACGACAUCCUCGGGGGUGGUUUGCCACUCUCCUGUUCCCUGGUCGUCGCUGCUCCGGAUCUUCACUCAUCUUACGGAGAACUUGUUCAAAAGUACUUCAUUGCGGAGGGACUAGCUACCGGUCAGCGGGUGUACAUCGUUGACAACGACCCCGAAGGAUUUGUUGAUGAUGUUAUGUGGUUUCCCAAGUCGACGACUCCGAAGAAAGUCGACGAAAAGAGCGGGGGAAGUGACGAAGAAGAGGAAGGAGGCGCUGGAGGCAAAGUGAAGAUUGCGUGGAGAUACGAGCAGAUGAAGCAAUUUCAAACCACGGUUUCGACGCCUUCACAGACUUCGGAAAACUACUGUCACAUCUUCGAUUUGACUAGCCGCGUGCCUCGAGCAAUGGUUGAGGACUCCCGAGGUUCUGGCAAACUUAAGUGCCUGAAACCAAGCUCCUCCUUGACACAUUCUGCCAUUUCCACAUUUUUUGGAGAUCUCGAGAACACCCUCAAAGAGGACUCGUCGUUGCCAGUGCGGAUAUGCGUACCAUCAUUGGGCUCAUCUCUCGCUUGGGGCGACCUUUCGGCGCAGGAAAUAUUAUUGUUCUUGAACCAACUGCGGAGGCUCCUUCGGAAGUACCCAUAUGCCUGUGCUUCGACGACGCUCAGCCCCCAUCUGUCUGUCGAUCAAUGGGGAGGCCCCGGUUGGCUGCAGAAGGUCGGAUGGUCAGCGGAUGGGUUCCUCAGUAUGGCUGCCUUUCCAGCUGAUCCUGCCCUAUCGAGCAUGUUUCCUUCUCAUCACGGAAUGGUUCGCCUCUAUUCACUCCCCUCUCCCAAUACCCUUGUUUCUCCGAGCGAUCGCUUCUCUGCUUUGCGUGGUUUGGCAUCAUCGUCAUCGGCAUUCGGCGGUACGGGAGAGAACAACCUUGCUUUCAAGUGCACAAGAAAACGGUUGAUAUUCGAGACACUGCACUUGGAUCUCGAAGGAGGCGUGUCUGAACGACGGACUACAGCACCUUCGAUGGCGACGACAGAAGUCUCAGCAGCGAGUAGGACGAGCCAUACGCAUGGUGGUCCUGGGGCAAAGAUUGAUAUCCAGCUGGAAGGAGCGGAGGAACCCAGUGCCUUUGCGUCUGAAAAGGCCAAAACAAGUACUGAACCGACGAUCCAAACUCCUGAAGGCAAACCCAAGCGACCAAAGAAGAAGGUCGCGUUCUUCUCAGAUCGACCAGACGUGUAUGACUUCUGA